AAAGCGUCUGUCACGUGAUCCAGAUGUCAGCGUUUGCAGUGGUGGCGAUGAUAAAGCGUUUCAGCCAAGAAACAUUCACCUCACAGUUGGCAUACAUAGACAGAAGAAGUUAGCCACAGACGUUAGUAGCUAGAUUUCGUUACGAAGAACAGCGUUUUGUCGCGUCGCUGCAUCAGUGCGCUCGACUCUUAUUGUUCUCCAGACUGUUGUUGUUGUGACGCUAACGUUAGCAUAGCACAGCCUAGCUUCGCUCCGUCCUGUCUGCGGUUGUGUUGCUGUGAUUUUCGACCUGACAAACACUGAAACCACCGGAGAGAAAACCAGAGAAACAUGACGCAGAUCGGCGGUGUCCAGUCACGAUGCCUGACAGUAACGUUACACUUGAUUUUAGCUGCUGCCCUGCACCAGAGUUUUGCGACUGUUGCCCCACCAGCGACUGCUCCACCACACAAGGACCCCGGCAGACCUGAUAGGGGAAACUACAAGGUCACCAGCAGCAACGGCACGGUCUGUUUACUGGCAUCCAUGGGCCUCCAGCUCAACAUCACCUACAGCUCUGCUUCCCUGAAUAAGACUGUGCAGGAUGUUGUGAACCUUCAGCCCAAUGUGACAAAGAGCUCUGGUUCAUGUGCCCCAGACGCUGCCUCUCUGCGCCUCAUCACAGAUGCAGAGAAAACCAACCUCACCUUUUUCUUCACUCUGAAUACUACAUCCAACAAGUACCACUUGAAUGAAGUGUCUCUGUCAGCAGUUUUGCCAGACGUGAAAGAGCCCUUCUCAGCCCAUAAUGGCAGUCUGGACUACCUGCGAGGCACCCUGGGCUACUCAUACAUGUGCCGCGAGGAACAAACUCUUGAUGUAGCUCCAGAUUUGUCCAUCAACACCUUCCAGGUGCAGGUGCAGCCCUUCGGCCUCACUGGAGAUCAGUUCGGAGCAGCUGAGGAGUGUCAGCUGGAUGAAGACGACAUGUUGAUCCCCAUCAUAGUUGGAGCAGCUUUAGCUGGUCUCGUCCUCAUCGUGCUCCUGGCCUACCUCAUUGGCAGGAAGAGGAGCCAUGCGGGCUACCAGACCAUCUGAGGUGGCGUGUCUCUCACACGUCCCCAGAGGCCAGAGUGCGCUAUCCCACCCUUGCAAUUAACCACUGUUUUACAAGACUUAACACUCUACAUUGUCCUCCUCCAUCCCUCAACUCCCUGCCUCUCUCUCUAUGUGUGUGCUUCUACUCUGCCCUCAUCGGUAACACUAGUCAUUAUCACUUUGUGGAGUUGGUUGGAGGUUGAUAUGCGCUUUCUGAACUGACUCGCUCUUUCCGUAAAAAAGGGACUUUGUUAGAAGAUUGUAAUGAAGAAAAACUCUUAACCGGUACCAUGUAUAGAAGAGGAUGGAUCAAAGGGUCCAUGAGAGUCCUCAAAUUGUAUUGUACUAUUUAUGAUUUUUGUGAAAAAUGAAUUUUGAGGGAUUGUGGGAUUUGAGGGAAUUGCUACUGUAGCUUUUCUUAUUGUUUAUCUGUUUCCGGAUAACCAUUUUAGUGGUAUCAACAUUAAGGAGGUUUGUUACUAUAAAGGGAAAAUUACUGGCUGCUUAACGUCACACAGCAAAGGUCUGACAUUUUAUCCUGCAACUCUACAUUUAGCUCAAGUAAACGUAUUCUAGAGAACAUACUGUACCACAGUUAACAAACACUAACCUGUUCUUUAUGAGGAGGAGGAUUUCCCAAAACUAUUCCUUCAGGGGAUAGUAGCCACUCCUUUUGGAUUCUGCUGUUACAAUAUACACACAUACACCAGGGAUUGCUUAAUCGGUCUAUAAAAAUAGCACAUUUGGCUUAAGCUCAGGACAUCACUGUAGAAACAUAAUAAUGUUGAUUCGUUAUAUUCCACUGGGUGGUUAUGUUUGUUUGUUUUUGUGUCCCUGAAAAUGGGCUUACUUGGGAUUUUGGUUGCUGUAGUGAAAGAAGUUGCACUAGAGUCCUUGGAAACAGCCCCUGGUAAUGAUUAAAAAUGGCCAAAACGCUCUGGUCAGUGUUCAUCAGUGCCUUCCCAGCUGUAACAGAGAUGGGAUUAAAGUAAAGCCAAUAACCACAGAGGUACUCACUCACUCACUCACUCACUGACACUGUGUGCUGCCAUGUUUGGGACAUUUUCUCUGUGUCUCACAUAGCCUUCAUGUACAGAACUAUUAUUACCAUAAAUAUGCAUUGUUUGAUGUAAUAGGAGAAAGUACAGAUAUUUAUGUUUUUUAUGUUUUUCCUCCCCUCCCUCAUCUAAAUACCCAUGUAGUGAUUUAAUGUGGUUUUAAUGGAUCGUUUGAAAUGUUUUCUAAAGGCGUCACAGGUCAAUAAAAGUGAAUGAAAGAG